AUGAUGUCAACAACCAUGGACAAUCAACGGCGGUACAACGUCGAGCGAUCAUGCUUGCGCUGCCAUGAGCGCAAAAUUCGCUGUGACAAGAAAUCGCCAUGCGUUCGAUGUGUGCGUCAAGGUGUGGCAUGUCAAUAUCCAGGCCCGAGUCGAGUGAAACGUCAACCCCCCAAAAAGAAUAUGACCGAUGUGGCGGCCCGACUCGAGCAACUGGAGCGAUCUAUCACGGCACUAGUUUCCGAACGGUCGAGCCAACCAUCCACCUCCCAAACGACUCAAGAUCCCUAUGGCAACAGCCCUGACACACUAUCUGCGGGAACACUGGCGACUCCCAAAUCCGGUUCGCCUGUUGCCUCUACAGGUACGGAGAAACCUCGGUUCCAAGGGUUUCGAGGUUUUCUGGGUAAAGAUGGCAGAUACAUUAAUGAGCCUCUUCUGUCACGGGUGCUCGAAAAAGAGCAGGAACUUCAGUCCGCCAUCGGCUCGCCGAGCGAUGCAAGCAGUCCUCGGCGACUGCCAAUACUUAAAGCCGAAGGGCUUAUUGCCAAUCCGCUCUUGAUGCAACUUGAUUCCCCAGAGCUUUAUCCGAGCCGGUGGAAGGCGACCGUCCUCUGGCAAACCUUUCUUACUCGAGUUGACCCUCUGGUUAAGGUGAUUCAUGUUCCCUCGGUGCAGUCACAGAUCUUUGCCGCAAUAAAUCGACCUGAGAGCGUGCGAGCGGAUGUGCGUGCUCUGCUGUUUGCUAUUUAUUUUGCAGCUACAACUACUCUGUUGUCGGAUGAUAUUCAUAAUCAGGCUCAUGUUGCGGACUUGCAGCGGUUCAAGCAGGGGUUGGAAAUCUCCUUGUAUCAUGCUGAGUUUUUGGAUGCACCGACAAUCACUUCUUUGCAAGCUAUGAUCAUAUACCAGACAUGCUAUCGUUAUAGCAAUAGUGGCCGAUCAGGCUGGACAAUGCACGGUCUGACGAUUCGGGCAGCGCAAUCGAUCGGACUCCAGCGCGAUGGAAAGCAUUUCAAACUGCCCGAAUUGGAAUGUGAGCUACGUCGGCGCCUAUGGUGGCAUAUACACGCCGCGGACUCUAGAGUCACUGAGGACCAUGGCCUCAGCGUCCCCGAAAAUAACAUUGGAGAUACCGAUCUCCCAUUGAACAUCGACGAUCAGAACCUCUCAGAAUCUGCAGACACUCAUGUCUCCCAGCCUCAAUGGACAGAAAUGACGUUUUCUCUCAUAAUCAUGGAAACAAGCAUUCGACGUCAAGACAUCAUGUCAAACCUGAACGAAUUCUCUAACGCAGACCAACUACUCGCCGAUUUCAGAACCUCGAUCGAAGAGAAAUACCUGCGCCACAGCGACCCAGACAUCCCAAUUCAGCGCUUCGGAUUUCUUCUUGGUCAACUCCUCCUGUACAAAACCGAAAUCUGCGCACGCCAGAAAUUGAUACACAUCCGAGGCCAGCAAGCAUCAUCCAUCGACUACGAAAUAUCUCAAAAAACACUUAUCAUAGCAUGCACGGCCAUAGAAACGGGACUGGAGAUACACUGCGAUGAACUCCUACGUGGCUUCCACUGGCUUGCCACGACAUUCACGCAAUACCAUCUUCUGACAUACAUCCUUUGGCACCUGUGUGUUUAUCCCGACGGACCACAUAACGAGCGGGCGUGGCGAGGCGUCAAUAUGCAGUUUUCCAUGAUGGAGCAUCCGUCGUGGCCAGAUCCCGGGCCGAAGUGGUCUAUAAUCGUGCAGUUGAAGGAGAAGGCAGUGCGGGCUCGACAGAUACGGGAAUCUGCACAGAGUCAGAAAAUCGUACCUGAAGCAGCCGCUCUUGAGCCAGGUUCCUCGUAUAAUUUCGAUAUUGAUGGGUGGGAUCCAGAAAGUGUGGAUAUCUCGGAUUGGAAUAGUUUGGCUCAAAGUCUGUCGUUGCUGCAGUAA